AUGUUGAACAUGUUCAAUGAGUCGGGGAAAUCUUCUACGCCAGGAAGGACGGCCGCCUGGGGCGUACAUUGGCUUUCACCGUUCACUUUGAUAGGGUCUACAGUCACUGGAAUACUCCUGGCGGGAAGCCAUUACGCUUACUAUAGCUUUCUCAACAACCAGCUAGCAGGUUCAGAAAUGCGGCAACAAUGGUCCCUUGGAAUUGGUACUGGAAUUUCUGUACUCGCAAAAGCAUCUUUCUGUACUGCUCUUGUGGUAGCAAUGACACAACGUUUAUGGACAGUCCUUCGGAAAAGAUCACUCAGUCUCAAGGCUGUGGACAAUGCUUUCGCCCUAAACACUAGUAUAUUAGCCUUCCUAGAUCUUGAGGUUUUGGCCCGAGCAAAAUUACUCUCUUAA